UCAUCUUGCGUUUCUCUUCAGUCUGAUUUCUCCUGUUACUCGUUCCGUUUGGCGGUGUCUCCGUCUCCUUUCAAUUCAUAUUCCGCUCUUUCGAUUCUUAACCAUGUUUACCCGUCUCAGAUUUUGUCUCCUUCUCCUGAUUGCUAUCGUUGUUACCUCAUUCAUUUUCCACAGUCCACUCUCUUCCUUCUAUUCUUCUUCUUCGUUUCCUUCACAAAAAAGACCUGUCCACCUCCUUAUUGUCUCUUCCUGGCGUUCUGGCUCUUCAUUUGUAGGACAGAUCCUAAACCACCACGAUGACGUAUUUUACCUGUUUGAACCUGGCCAUGCCAUCUGGAUGAAAUUCAAUCAAGAGACGGCUGAGCUGCUUCACUAUCCAGUCAGAGACCUUCUGCGAUCCCUCUUCACCUGCGAUGUGUCUCCUCUCCGCCACUACCUCCGAAAUGGUGGACAGAAGAUCCAAGACCUAGGCUUUUUUUCUGAAAGUCGAGCACUCUGUUCUUCUCCCGUUUGCUCUGCCUCUAUCCCCACGGAGGGCUAUGAUCCCAAUAGCUGUUCUUACCGUUGUGGAAAUGCUUCCUUGGAAAAGAUGAGGGAGGCGUGCAAAUCUUACAGCCAUGUGGUGAUGAAAACUGUGAGAAUUUUAGAUCUUUCCGUUCUUCUGCCUCUCUUCAGGGACUCUGACUUGGACCUUCGAAUUCUACACUUGGUGAGGGAUCCCAGAGCGGUGGCUGCGUCAAGGAAACGCUUUGGAUCCAUUUUCCAUCUUGAUGACCCAAUUGUUCUUAGAGGAGAUAUGAAAGGGCAGGAAAUUGUUACCAUGGAAAAGGUCAUGGCUAAGAUCUGCAAAGCCCAAGUUAACAUCAACAAAUGGGCACGAGCAGCUGGGAUUUCCCAGCAAGGGCGCUACAUGGUUAUACGUCAUGAGGAUCUUUCACUGAAACCUUUGCAGAAUGCUGAAAGAAUUUACAAAUUUGCUGGUCUUAGUAUGACGAAAGAUCUCGAGAGAUGGAUUUAUAACAUUACCCAUAACGAAAAUAAAAACCGUAAUGACUUUAUGGCUUUCUCCCGAAAGGCCACAAAAGUGGUUCAGAAGUGGAGGACAUUACUGGAGCUUCCGAUGGUAAAAACAAUUCAGCAUGACUGCCAAGAAGCAAUGGAGUUGUUCGGCUAUUUGCCGGUGAAGUCGAAGAAAGAGAUGAAUAACCUGAACGUGACUCUUGGUCCAUUGGAGGCUGAUGGAGAAGACACUGGAAAACCGCCUUUAAAACAACAGAACCACGAGUCUAGCGGAAAGGAAGUAUCAAACAGAAAGGAAAUCGCAAAUGCUGAAAAAAGAUGGGAAUGGUAGCCAAAGAAAAAUAGGACAAUGAUCUAUAUUAAUGAUAUUUAUUUCUUAUUGAAAAAUGAACUUCUUUUUAAAAAAUUUGUUUCUACGUGCAAGAGUUCACGGCAUUUCAAAACUCUACGUUUUAAAGAUCAGCAAACUUUAUAAAUAUGUAAUAGUGUUAACAGAUUAAAUUCAGCCAUAAAUAUAAAGUAUAAUAUUCAUCUGCAUUUAAAGUGAAUCAUACAUUCCAAUAUAUAUAUACGGUAUAUAUAUUGAUACCUCAUAACUAUAUGUUGUGUAUUUAUUAUGAUUUAAAUGUUAUUUUGUCAUACUAGAUUGGAAGCUCCUUUCUGCAGGACCCUCUUCGCCGUUUGUUUCUGUAAACCCAAUUUGUUAGGUACGUUGUUUACCUUUUCUACAACACUUCAGAAUAGGACAGUGCUAUAUAAAUAAAGAUGGGGACUUCUAAGGCU